ACACGAUGGCUUUAGACCAAGCGUCUUCCAUGGAUGACGCCACAGUUACCUAUGAGCUGAAGGAUGUGAACCUUCACGGUCAAGGGAAGGAACAUGUUGGUAUGAAGGAUUUUGAACUGCUCAAAGUUCUUGGAACAGGAGCAUAUGGAAAAGUUUUCCUGGUAAGAAAAAUAGGAGGAGCUGAUGAUAAAAAGUUGUAUGCAAUGAAAGUUCUGAAAAAGGCAACAAUUGUACAGAAAACUAAAACAACUGAACACACAAAGACUGAGAGACAGGUGCUGGAGGUGAUUCGACAGUCACCUUUCCUUGUUACGUUACACUAUGCCUUCCAGACAAAAGCGAAGCUUCACCUGAUACUUGAUUAUGUUAACGGGGGUGAACUUUUUACCCAUCUCAAUCAGCAUGAUAAAUUCACUGAAAAAGAAGUAAGGAUCUACAUUGGUGAAAUAGUUUUGGCUUUGGAAACACUUCACCGGCUGGGGAUCAUUUAUCGUGACAUUAAAUUGGAAAACCUCCUCCUGGACAACACUGGACAUAUCAUCCUCACAGACUUUGGACUCAGCAAGGAAUUUCUCCCAACUGAGAAUGAACGAGCUUAUUCUUUCUGUGGAACAAUAGAGUACAUGGCCCCAGAAGUGGUGAAUAAUGAACAGACAGGACAUAACUAUGCGGUGGACUGGUGGUCACUAGGUGUACUGACCUAUGAACUACUGACUGGAGCCUCACCUUUCACUGUGGAUGGAGAAAAAAAUACUCAGCCAGAAAUAUCAAGGCGGAUAUUGAAGGCAAACCCGCCAAUGCCAAGCGAAUUCUCUAGUGAAGUGCGGGACUUCAUACAGAAACUCCUAACAAAGGACCCUAACAAGAGACUUGGAUGUGAUGGAACAGCUAAUAUAAAGAAACACAAGUUUUUCAAGGGCCUCAAUUGGGAUAAACUGGCUCAGAAAGAGGUAGCAGCUCCAUUUGUACCAAAGAUUGACCAUGAACUGGAUACUGGUAAUUUUGCUGACGAGUUUAUCAGAAUGGAUGCUAUUGACUCCCCAGCAAUUAUUCCACUUGACUCCGAAAAAAUAUUUAAGGGUUACUCGUAUAUAGCACCGUCCAUCAUAUUUAGUGAAAACAUGGUCAGUUCUGAGCUGUUAAUGAGAUCCACAGAGAACCAGCCAGUUGACCAUAAAAUACAGUUAGCUCGACAUUUUAAGAAUUCAACCUUUUUUCAGCAUUAUGACAUAGACCUUAAGAAAAAGCCUCUUGGUGAUGGUAGUUUCUCCAUAUGCAGGGAGUGUUAUCACAAAAAACAUGGGACAAAGUAUGCCGUGAAGAUUGUGUCCAAGAGAGUGGAUUGUUCCCAGGAAGUUCGACUUCUCAAACUCUGUCAGGGCCACCCAAACAUUGUAGACUUUAUAGAAGUGUAUCAGGACGAGUUACAUGCGUACAUAGUGUUAGAGUUGUUGAGAGGUGGAGAGUUACUGGAUAGAAUACGUAAGAAGAAGAGUUUUACUGAACCAGAGGCAAGUGAAAUCAUGUGGAAGCUUGUACAGGCUGUGGAUUUCAUGCACUCCAAAGGUGUAGUACACCGUGACCUUAAACCCGAGAACCUGCUGUUCCAGGAUGCUUCAGAGAGAGCUAACAUAAAAAUUGUUGAUUUUGGAUUUGCUCGUCAAAAACCAGAAAAACAAAUGAUGCAAACACCUUGUUUCUCAUUGCCAUAUGCAGCACCUGAGGUCCUGCCCGGGAAAAUGUUGCCUCGUGAUGGCUAUGAUGAAUCAUGUGACCUCUGGAGUCUUGGAGUCAUUCUGUACACUAUGCUUUCUGGGAAAGUGCCAUUUCAAACCCGAGGUAAAGCAGAUAAUGCCAGUGCAAUCAUGAACCGAAUUAAAGUGGGAGAAUUUGACUUCUCUGGAGCAGAAUGGGUUGAUGUUUCACAGCCUGCUAAAGCCCUGAUUCAAGGUUUACUAACAGUGGAGCCGAAGAAGAGACUUACGAUGGACAAUCUACGACAGAGCGAGUGGUUGAGAGGAAACAACAGUGAUGUAUUUUCUGCAACCCCUUUACGCACACCAGGUGUACUGUGUCAGAGUCUAGCCGUACACCAGCAGCUCAGCGCUACCAUGGGUGCCUUUCAGAAAGCUACACGGGAGGGUUUUAGAUUACAAGAUGUGAACAAGGCACCACUUGCUCGAAGAAGAAAGCACCGUGACACCAGAAAGAACAGUUCUGGAGGCGAACCCCGAAGUGGGUCUUCAGACAGUAAUAAUUCUAGCAGCUCCUCAGGAACUAUACAAUCUGAUAACACAUCACAGUCAGACUCAGCACCAUCAGACUCCUUACUGACAGAAGGAGGUUUGGCUGUUAUUCCCACCAGGAAUUUAUCGGAUGUGUCAAAUGGCUCAAAUACCUCACAGGGCUCAACCAUUAGUACAGGGUUUGUGCCCAACAUUAAAGGACAAAUAACUCUAGCUGAUGACUCUGGUCAGCUGACGCAGGUGCUUGAUAAUAGCCAAUCAAGCUCUAUUUUGAUUCACUCCUCCUCAACCGAAUCAGAUGAUGUUUCACAGCUGUACCAGGCGUCACGAGGCACAAAGCGGAAGCACAGUAGUGUAGGGGAGAGUGGCUGUAGCAGCUGUGAUGAUGAGGAGGAAGAGAAUGAUUGUGUUGUCAUGGUCCCUAACACAGAUGUACUAACCGUCACAUUAGACACUCGCUCAAAGGCCAGUCCUAUCAUCAUUGACGACUAGUCCCUGUUUAGUUACAGGUCAAAUUACUUCUUGAUAGAAUAUACAUGUAGGUGUUUCAGAGUUUUAUGUAGGUAUGUACCAGGCUGUGUGUUUCAUCCUUUUACCCGACAUAAAAUUAAAUCUCCUGAGACAAAAUCUCACCUUAUUGCCUUUUUUCCCCAUUGUCAUGUGUUUGACUGUAAAGAGCGGACAUUUUCUUCUCAGAAACCCCUGAACUGAUUUUCAUGAAAUUUAGCAGAAAACUUUGAUAGGGAUUUAUAUAAGCUUAUCUGUGUGAGCCCCAGGGGCAGGGCAAAAAGGGGUCAAAUUGACAUAAAUUUCAAAAACCUUUUCAAAACCCAGACAUGCUAGAUUCAAAUUCACUUCAUACAUGGAAGUUUGUUAAUGUGCUCUACCAAGAAAAUGGAACAUUGUUUUCUUUAGGAAAUAAUUCAAACUUGGUUAAAAGCAUAGACAGUUUGUUGGUAUGUACUUAUUGACCCUGACUGACUUCAGGGACUGAUGGGUAGGGCAAAAUGGGCCAAAUUGACUGAAAUUUCAAAACUCUUCUUCUCAAGACCCAGAUAUGGUAUAAUCAAGUAAUCUAAAGACCAGAAGGAUCAUUAAGGGCUUUACCUAAUUGCGAAUUCCAUGACCAUGGUCUUGCAUCACGUUCAAGGCAGGUGGUAAAGUUUACGAUAGUUCAUAUGAAAAACCUACAGUUUUGAAUGUAAUUUGUUUAUUUUCUAAUGGAAGUUAUUUGUUUAGAAUUAUGAACAUGAGAUGGCAGUUGCUGCUAUGCUCAUUUUACAUUUUCAUUACAUGUAGAUUGUAGUUGGACUUGUAGUUAAUUUCGGACAUAUUUUAGAACACGAGAGCCGUUACGGCUCAUGGAUCUCUUGUUCUUUACCCUAUAGCCUUGUAGGUGCCUUACCAACACUUUCCAUGAACUCACGUCAGCAGGAUUUUGCCAUUCUAGCAGAUUUAAAUUUCAGCUGUAAGCUAUCUUAAUACUGUAUAACAGGUUUUUGUGUAAUGUUCUGAUUUCACUAUUUUUGAACUAGAAGAUAACAUACCCUCGUUGAAGUUUAAAGAAAGAGUAACUUCCCUUGACUGAAUUGUGAUGUGUAGAGGAUGGACGUAAGUAAAAGUUCAGACAUCGUUAAUUACCUUAAGUUAAUUGGGAUCAAAUGCUUGUCUAGAUAGUGUCCAAUGUAACAUUUGGUCUUGGCUAUUAAAGCUUGUAUAUGCCGUGGUGUAAACAUGCUUCUAUUUUUAAAGUCAACUACACUAACAAUCAUCAUGUGUGGGAUUGUGUGGUGAAAAGAAACAACAUGUUAUUCAAUAUUCUGCAUUCCGCAUGAACUUUUUUAAGCUCUUUGCUAUCUGAUGUUUCAGAAGAAUUUUAGCUGACUGAAUGUACAAAAGUCUUUUAGCUGACUGCAGGUUCAGAUUUAUUUUAGCUAACUGCUGGUUCAGAAUUAUUUUUAGCCAGCUGAUGGUACAGAAGUCUUUGAGCUGACUGAAGGUCAAGAUGUAUUUCAGCUGAUGGAAGGUUUGGAUGGAUUUUAGAUAACUGAUGGUUCAGAUUUAUUUUGGCUAUGUGAUGGUUCAGAAGCCUUGUAACUGACUGAAGGUUAAGAAGUAUUUUAGAUAACUGAAGGGUAAGAAGUAUUUUAGAUAACUGAAGGUUAAGAAGCCUUGUAACUGACUGAAGGUUAAGAAUUCUUGUAACUGACUGAAGGUUAAGAAGCCUUGUAACUGACUGAAGGUUAAGAAGGAUUUUAGCUGACUGAAGGUUAAGAAGUAUUUUAGAUAACUGAAGAUUAAGAAUUAUUGUUGCUGACUGAAGGUUAAGAAGUAUUUUAGAUAACUGAAGAUUAAGAAUUAUUGUUGCUGACUGAAGGUUAAGAAGUAUUUUAGAUAACUGAAGAUUAAGAAUUAUUGUUGCUGACUGAAGGUUAAGAAUUAUUGUUGCUGACUGAAGGUUAAGAAUUAUUUUAGAUAACUGAAGGUUAAGAAUUAUUGUUGUUGACUGAAGGUUAAGAAGGAUUUUAGAUAUCUGAAGGUUAAGAUGUAUUUUAGCUGACUGAAGGUUAAGAAGGAUUUUAGAUAACUGAAGGUUAAGAUGGAUUUUAGCUGACUGAAGGUUAAGAAUUAUUGUUGCUGACUGAAGGUUAAGAAUUAUUUUAGCUGCCUGAAGGUUAAGAAGGAUUUUAGAUAACUGAAGGUUAAGAAGUAUUUUAGCUGCCUGAAGGUUAAGAAGGAUUUUAGAUAACUGAAGGUUAAGAAUUAUUUUAGCUGCCUGAAGGUUAAGAAGGAUUUUAGAUAACUGAAGGUUAAGAAGUAUUUUAGCUGCCUGAAGGUUAAGAAGGAUUUUAGAUAACUGAAGGUUAAGAAGUAUUUUAGCUGCCUGAAGGUUAAGAAGGAUUUUAGAUAACUGAAGGUUAAGAAGGAUUUUAGCUAACAGAUGGUUCAGGUUUUGGUUUUAGCUCACUGAAGGUAUAGAAGUCUUUUAGCUGACUGAAGGUUAAGAAUUAUUUUAGCUCACUGAAGGUAUAGAAGUCUUUUAGCUGCCUGAAGGUUAAGAAUUAUUUUAGAUAACUGAAGGUUAAGAUGUAUUUUAGCUGCCUGAAGGUUAAGAAUUAUUUUAGAUAACUGAAGGUUAAGAUGUAUUUUAGCUAACAGCUGGUUCAGAUUUUUUUUUAGCUCACUGAAGGUAUAGAAGUCUUAACUGUUGGAAAUGUUUGUGGUGGGAAGGUUAAAAUUUUCAUCAAUAACUUGAAAGAAGAUGAGCACCUUUUAUUUCCUGUUUGAAUAUGAAGUUGUAGUUAAUGACAAAUGUAUACUCCCAUUCUUGUUUGAAUUAACGUUUUUGAUCUAUUGUCCAUAUCUAAACAAAAUCAAGCUAAAUUCAUUUAUUCCCUCUAAGAUUGUUUUAAGCAUUUUACAUUGACUAAGCCUUACUCCAUUUAACAGUGAUUUUUUAUCAUCAGCAGAAGUGUUACUUAUUAGUUUGUAGGUCCUUGUUCUCUCAUGUUUUAUGUCAAAAUCAUGAAAAUAUAUCUUAUCACUCUCAGUCUUUUUAAGAGGUCACACACUAAAUUGACCUAGGUUUGAGAGUCCAGUGUCAGGCAAUGUUAACUAAACUGACCAUAUCAUCAAAGUUCACAUUUACUUCAUACAUCUCAAAUUAGAGGUCAGAGGUCACAUCAUAUUGGUUACCAAGGUCAGAAAUUUCAGGAUUUCUUUAAAAAUAUUAAGAAGCUUUGGUUACACAGAUCAUGUGGAUAGGUUUCAGCUGGCAGUUUCAUUUUACUGUGGUAUAGGAUGGGCAUUUUGAAACCAUCAGUCUGGACACUUUUGAAUUUUGUUUCCAGAACAGCCAUGAGUAACCAGAAAUUUUGUUUAAAGAAAUAGUAUACAUCUGUUCAAAAAAAUUGGAAAUAAGUGGUUGGAUUAAGAAGUGAAAUAUAAGCCACAUACACGGCAUCUUUGAAAUCCAAGGGUUUUACCUUUGAUAUGCAUGUGCUAACAUAAUCUUUGUGUACAUCCUUAGUUCAUGUCAUGGUAGACAUGUAAGGAGCCAUUUGAUUGGUUCCAAACGUGACCAUUGACAGAGGAGAUAUCAUCUUUUGAAAAAUUUCAAGGGGACUAUACCCUAAUAAGAACCAGCCAAUUUUACUUUUUAUGUAUUGGACAAAUCCUUUCAUCAUCAUCAAAGAGAUCAUGGGUAUUAAUGUACUAUGCUAGUUUUGUAUAAAAAUGUCAUGCUUGAGAUUUACAAGUAUUGAGUAUUCUCAAUUCUUAUAGUAAAUAAAGCAAUAAAAAAAAAGGAGGGAUAUGGUUUUUUUAAAAGAAAUAACACAAACCUUAGAUGAGAAUUUUAUAUUUAUGUAAGAAAAAAUUAUUUGCUAGAAAAAUUAUGAACAGUAUUAUAAUGCUUUCUGCAUUACCUGUUUGGGAUUCAUUUAAUAAACUAUUAUAUAUUAUACGACAUACAGUAAGACUCACUCCAGUCUAAUUAUGAAGGUUAUAGUUUGAUGACAUGCUAUCAUUUAUGAUGCAAAUCAUUGCUAAUCUGCAUAUUGCAUUCUAGAACUAUUUCAAUUGAAGAAAUUUGAGUUUUUACUGAAAGUUUUUAGUCCUGUUGUUAAGCUGUAGUGUACUGUUGAAUGACGUCUGUGAUGCUGCAUACUCAAUGCAAUGUGAAUCUGAUUAUGGGCACCUCUUGUACUCGUACCUAUUGUCAACUUUUAUGCACAGUUUAUAUAUCUUAUGACACUUUUUAAUGAAUUUAUUUUUUAUGUAAAUUUGCAAGGAGAUUUCGUUGCCUGAUUCAUCUUAAAUUGUAAAUAUAUAUAUAUAUAUAUAUACACACACAAACACACAAUAUAUACAAAUUUAUGUAUUGUUGAGAGAUAGGUGCGUAUUACACUCAAAAAUGCUUUGAGCUUAGAUUUUAAUUGCAAAAUUUUAUGCAGAGAUCUGUUUUGUAUGAGAUGUUAAGAACUUUUACCCCAAAUACAUUUAGAUAUAUCAUAUACUGUUUUACACUGUAGGGGGUGAUGGUUCUUAAAAAUCAUGUAAUGAAUUAUACAAUUCCCAUGAUUUUGUUAAAUAUCUUUAAGGCUUAAUUCAUUAAGUGAAAUUUUUAUCUUUUUUGUCAAAUUUUUCAAUAAUUUAAGAGUUGUUUCAUUGUAGACAUGCUCUCCAGAUAAUUCUCAAUUCUGAUUGGCUGAAUAAUUCUGGAAACUUCAUUAUCUUUUGUUUCCUCCUUAAUGCAGAUAAUUUGAAUCUGUCUUAUUCUAGGCUCUGUAAAUACACAAUGUAUAAAAGUCUAUCGGCACAUUCCUGUAACAAAUGAUUUCACUGAUAUGUUUAUAGUACACCUACAGAAUAAGUGCUUCAAUGAAAUUAAAACAAAGGCUGUGACGAAAAAAUAUUGAAGUAACAAGUGAAAGUAAAUAUUUUAAAAGAAAAAUUUCUUUAAAAUAUAACUGGUGCACAGUAUUAUUUUCUAAAUUGAUUUUCAUGUUUAAUAAAAGAAAAAAGUGCUUUAAUAGAAGAAAAAAUUAUAAAAUGUUUAGUUGAU